AUGUUCCAGGCAGCUGCCGAGGUCCAUGAUAAGAUUUCUCGUGAGACCUUCACUCACUUAUUGGGAUAUAGUCACCUCACUGACUCUUCCUGGAUGCAAGCUACGCUGCCGGUCAGGUUUGGUGGUUUCAGCAUGUCACCAUGCCUCAGCACUUCUCGAUUUGCUUUUCUUUCGUCCUGGGUUCACACUCUGGUUCAUCUGCCUAUUCGUUAUCCAGACCUCAAAUCCGCACUUGAUCUUCUAGUCAACUCAAAUGGUGUCGAGGAAUCGAUAGCAUUUUCGCUGAUGCAGGCUGGCAGUGAUGGGACAGAUAUUACUGAAAUGAUUCAAGUUCCAACUAAACUACAACAGAGGCUGACACGGCAACACGCUAAAGAAAAGAUGUCAGCAAUGAUCGAGAAGGCCCCUUCCCAGCGAGAUGCAGCUAGGCUAAGAUCGAUUCAAGGCAAGGGCGCUGGAGCCUGGCUGAAUGCUAUGCCCACCUCAAAUAAGCUCGCACUAGUUUCCCGCGAUUUUCGUUUGGGGGCUUGCUUGAGAUUGGGGUUAGCCAUGCCCUUCGAUGGCUGUAUUCGUCAGUGUGACUGUGGUUCUUUUCUGGACAGUUGUGGAUACCAUCUCCUAACAUGUAAGUGGGGCGGUGGUCCAGUCUGGACCCAUGAGUGUAUUGCCAAUGUAUGGUCAGACUGUCUGCGCAGCUUACAAAUGCACCAUCACAGAGAGCCACGUCAUCGAUACAUUACAUCUGACAACCGCCCUGACAUAACAGUUUUCGAUGUUGGAUCAGGGUCCAACACAGAUUUAGACAUUUCGCUAGCACAUCCCUGGAGCAGUGAAGAGUUUAUUCGGGAGUAUGACCUGCAACAAUGUCCAAGAUGUCGUAAGUGGUAUUUGAAGCUACAACAGCAUCUCUCAAGUUCCACGUGUUCAACCGUUGGGAAAGAUCUAGAUGACGUAACAGGAAAUGUUGGGAAUGACGAUGUAACAGGUGAUGGUGAAGUAGGCAGAGUUACAGGUAAAGGCAACGUUUCGGAACUAUUGUCUGAGCUACGUUUGGCUUCUAGUGUCAUGUCUGAUGACAGAAGCCGGAAUCUACAUGAUAUUGAGCGCGAGGCGUGGUUUGUGGUUGAGUCUCUCCCCGUUGCGGAUAUCCUCAAUUCUUUGCCACCACAGACUAUCCUGAAUAUUCCACGAUCUUUACGACCAAUGUUUCAAGAGUGUUGCAACAUUUCGCUACAGAAGAUUGAUGAAGACCCCUCUAGUGAUGUGGGCUGGAAACUCUUGUUUUUGUUACCUAGAAUCUUACUACAACCUCACGUGAGAGGCGGCAAGGUAGGAUACAAGGAAGUGAAGGCCCGUUAUCAAAGUUUUCUGAAUUUUCGCUGGGAUGAGCUAAUUGAGUUGAACACACCAACAAACAGGAAGUCAGAAAAUAAAUCAAUGACUGAUGAGAACAAGAGAAAAGUAGCUGUAAAGUUGGCCCAAGUAGGUGAGAUUUCCAAAGCAGCUAAGUUUCUUACAAGCAAUGGUUUGGCCCCAGAAACAAGUGAGGUUCUUCAAAAAUUGAAAUCUAAACACCCUGAGGGACUCAUCAAUCCUAACGAGAUUCCUGAUGUAUUGUCUUCUUCGAGUCCAACAUUUCUUGACAGAUCUGUUUUCAUCAACGCUAUCAAAAAUGCUCCAAAAGCUUCUGGGUGUGGACCCUCUGGAUGGAGAUACGAACAUGUUCGAAUUCUCCUGGAUAAUGACAUCACCACAGAUCUAUUGUUUCAGACUUGUAAUCACAUAUUUUCAGGAGAUGUGCCACCCAACGUAGUUCCUUUGCUUUCAGCCUCUAAACUCAUAGCAAUACCUAAACAUGGGAAUGAUGUGAGGCCAAUCGCUGUAGGGGAAGUUUUUCGACGACUUACUGCCAAGACUAUUUGUCAACAGAAGUCACCUGAGUUUGCUUCAUAUUUCUCCCCUAUACAGCACGGCAUUGCGACACCUGGAGGAGCUGAGCUGCUUACACACCAUAUUCAGAUCUUAUUGGAGCAAAAUCCUGAUUGGUCAAUCCUUAAAACAGAUGUCAGGAAUGCCUUCAAUUCUGUUUCAAGGGAACGACUUCUUCAGCAAAUUGCUAAAGACUUUCCUGAUAUCUAUCCUCAUGUCAAGCAGUUGUACGGGGAAUCAAGCAAGCUGAUAUACGUCACUGACAAGGGAGUUGAGUUAUUAACAUCAAGUGAAGGAGUUCAUCAAGGAGACCCUUUGGGACCUGCUCUUUUCUCAGCUACUAUCCAUCCUAUUUUAUGUGAGGUGAUCAAGAGACAUGAGGGUGUUACUAUGCUGGCAUAUCUAGAUGACAUCUAUGUGGUAGGUCCAGUCAAUAGUCUUCGAAAUAUUUUGGAUGAUUUGAAGUCUUCCCUGUCCACGUUGCAUUUGGAAAUUUUAGACAGAAAGUGUGAGUUGUUUUGUCCCUCUGGUAAUGUCUGUAAUUUUCCAACUCCAGUUACCUCUGAUGGCACUAUUAUACUAGGCACACCAGUAGGAAAACCUGAAUUUGUUCGUUCUCAAUGUGCUGACAUUGCCAAGGGUGGGAAGGAACUUUGCCGUGAAUUGGCCCUGCUGAAUAAUCGGCAAAUCUCCAUGCUGAUUCUACGACACUGUCAUGUGCCUAGAUUGAACUACUUGGCAAGGCAAGUAUUUCCUCGUGAUCUAGAACUGGCAGCAGUCAUCCAUGACAAAAUGACUAGAUCUUCAUUUGUGGACAUCAUUGGUUUCAAUCAUUUGAAUGAUACAGCCUGGAAACAAGCAACUCUAAAGCUGAAGAAUGGAGGCUUUGGUUUAACACAGAUUGGACAAAUUUCUCAUGCUGCUUUUGUGUCUUCUUGGUGUCAAUCAAUGAAAGAAUUGCCAUCUCGUUUCUUGUGUAUGACUGACUUGGUUGAUUAUCUUACUUCUUCUAAAGAAAAGUCGGGGUCGAUUGGCUCAGAAGUAAUUUCUAGCUUUUCCGACUUGCCACCAUUGUCCAAGUCAGCUGACAAUGAUGAAGAUUUUCAAACACUUGAUGACAUCAUCGCUUAUCCUAAGAAACUGCAGCACCGUCUUUGUACUGAGAUAAACGAAAUUAAUGUGUCUGAACUCAUUGCUCAGGCUCCUUCUGAUAAAGAUGCGGCAAGGCUGCGGUCAUUGCAAGGUCGUGGAGCCGGAGAUUGCGUCCUAUUUGAGGUUGGGAUUGGCUUUACCGUUUACCAAGUGGGUGAAAGUGUGUGACUGUGGACAACAACUGGAUCAACAAGGAUACCACCGACUAACAUGUAAAUA